AUGGUGGCCGUUCUGGCAAUCAGGGAAGUGUUGACCGUGGCAGCAGCCGUGGUUCUUCUGCUGGCCCUUCUUACCGUGGCAGUGAUCAAUCCGGUCGUGGACAAAGCGAUUACAGGGGUGGCAGCCGUGGCCCUUCUUCCAAUCUCCCUCACGGUGGGUCUAAUCAACGCGGGCGUGGAGGCGGACGUGGUCGAGGUGGUUUUGGUGGCGGUGGAGGUCGCCCAGAACCAGAUGAAGACCCUAAGUAACGUGAUGUUCAACUCUUCCGCUACUGCUAAUCCGGAAAUUGAAGCCUUCGAAGACAAAUGUAUCACCAAGAAUAAAGGCAGACGAGCUGAAAAAGGAGAACUCGCUCUUCGGCCUGGAUACGGUGUUAAAGGGGCAAGUGUUGUCAUGCGCGCCAACCUCUUCCAAGCCAGAUUCCACGGAGCAGACUGGUUUCAUUACACAGUGAGGGUCAGACCAGAUCCGCAGAAUACCCGCCUCAAUCGGGAGAUUUUCAGGGAACUCAUGGGCAACGAGACAAUCAAAAAGGCCCACGCCGCCACUGAUGGCGCCCAGGUUAUCGUUGCCAUGAAAAAUCUGCUACCGGGCAGUCCCUAUGAAGUCACCAUUGACGGUAACCUGAACGCAUCCAAAAGGUUCUCGGUGGAACUGAGACUGACCGAGAAAGUCAACCCAUCGGAGCUGGUCAGCACCCUCAACAACAUCGAUGUACGGACACAACCACCGAAUGGAACAUCAUUCCUUCAAAUCAUGAACAUUCUCAUGAGCGCUCAUCCAUUCAGAGACACAGGCGUGACGACCAUUAGAAGCUCCAAUGGCAACAAAGUUUUCUGGACCGACGGGAGAAAACAGGCCGCUGAUCUUCAGGGCGGGAUCGAGUGCAUUCGGGGCUUUAAUUCUAGCGCGAGAAUUUGUGACAAUCACAUCUUUAUCAACUUGGGCGUCAAUCACAGCUCAUUCUUCCAUCAAGGCCCAUUGCACAACAUUCUCACCCUCUUCAACGCGAUGAACCCCGAUCAACCCCCGGACUAUGUUCUUUUCAAUCGAUACAUCAAUCGACUUCGCGUGGACGUCACUCAUCUUGAAAAACGCAUGGAAUGCGGGGUCUUGGUUCACAAGCAGAGAAGCAUCUGGGGACUUGCUUGGCCUCAGAAGGAUGGAAGAACACAUGGAACUCACCCGAAAACGAGAGCAAAACUCGUCCCAGACCCCAAUCCUCCCCGUUUCCUAAACGAGAACAUAGGAGCCACUGCAGACGAGGUUUCUUUCUUCAGAUACGACAAGGACGCUAAUGGCAAAUCUCUUUCUACUGGAAAAUACAUCACUGUCACUCAACACUUCAAGGAGGAAUACAACUUGAAGCUGAAGUACCACGACUGGCCUGUGGUGAAUGUUGGCAGUUUCGUUCACCCGAUUUACCUUCCUAUUGAUGUCUGCACUGUUCCAGCGGGACAACGCUUCAUGGGUGAGCUGGCAGCCAUUCAACGCAAGAAUAUCAUUAACUUCAGCUGCCGAAAGCCGCCCAAUAACUUCAAGUCUAUCAUGCAGGACGGUCGAAGGAUUAUGGGAAUGGACAAUCCAUUGAAGAGUAUCGACACUGAGUUCAGACCUGAAAUGAUCACUGUGAACGCACGCAUUCUUCCGCCGCCGAUCCUGAAGUAUGGAAAAUCCAAGACGCUGAUGCCGAAGGAUGGAUCUUGGAACCUAAGGGGCCAGCAAUUUUGCAGACCUGCCGAAAUCAAGAAUUGCAUGGGCGUCGUCUAUACCAGGGGCUCACCUAGUUCCAUCGACAUGGAUUUAGUCAAGAAAGCAUUUGACAGUCUAGCUGCAGAGGGAAAAAAUUUGGGCAUGAGGUGGUCUGCUUGGAACCGAGGUAUCCACACAAGACAGAUAGGAAGGACACCCGCGGAGUGGAUUAAUCAGCUCGAGCUCAUGUUCGAUCAUAUUCGCAACAAUCCGGUCGACCUGGUGGUCAUCGCGCUUCCUGCAGGCGAAGAACGCUUCUUCGACCACCUCAAAUGGUGGAGUGAGACCAAGGCGAAAGUCAUGACCCAUUGUUGUCUCUACAGCAAGUUCGUCACCCAUGGCAGACCGGAAAAUUCGCAGUACAAUGCCAACAAUGUGAUGAAAAUCAACUUAAAAAUGGGCGGUGACAAUCAGACGCUCAAAAAUGCGCCUCGCUUGAUAGAAGGAGGUACAACCAUGGUUGUUGGUCUUGACGUUACUCACCCGUCUCCGACGGACCCCGAAGGAUUCCCUAGCAUGGCAUGUAUUGUCGCUAGCACGGACAAGUCGAUGGGGCAAUGGCCUGGUGAGGUAACGGUGCAGGAGGCCCGCAAAGAGGAAAUUGGGUGUCUCAAGGCGAUGAUGCUGGGUCGUCUGCAACAUUGGAAGGCUAGUAACAAGGCUCUUCCCAACAAUAUUCUGGUCUAUCGUGAUGGUGUCAGUGACGGCCAAUUUAAUAUGGUCCUGAAAGACGAGUUGCCCCAGAUUCAGGAGGCCGUGACUUCUCUGUACGGGGGCAACGGUGCGAAUAUCACCAUCGUCGUGGCAGGAAAACGACACAACGUGCGCUUCUACCCGACUCAGUUCCAAUUUGCUGACCAGAGAUAUGGCCCCAAGAGCGGCUUGGUCGUUGACCGCGGCGUCACUCGCCCAAAGUAUUGGGACUUCUACAUGCAGGCACAGGCGCCGCUUCAGGGCUCAGCCCGCCCGGCACACUACAUCGUAAUCCACGAUGAGAUUUUCAGAUCGAGCAAGUCUGACUCGAACCCAGCUGACGCACUCCAGCAACUCACUCAUGAGAUCUGCUACAUGAUGGGUCGUUGUACCCGCUCUGUCGGCUACGCCACCCCUGCUUUCCUCGCUGACAAGUACUGCGACCGGGCCCGGCGAUACAUGCGAGCAUUCUAUUACUACACCUUAAUCAAAGAGGGCAAAGAUAAGAAGCCGGACAACCACAGAGCGAUCAGAAAUUCGGAUGCAAGUAACGCGAUGGCUUACAUCUGA